GGCCCAGCUCGUGUUUUUCGAUUGGGGUUUUUUGUGUGUGGCUCGUGGUUUCUCUCUGCUCCAACCUCCUCGGAAAGUGUCGCUUUUCGCCAGUAAAUCUCGUCCGAAAGUGUCCGGCAUGGUCGUAACCGGAUGCGUGUGCUUGUGUGCCGUGUGAUUCGCCUGGAACUGGACCGGUGGCCGUCGAGACCCUCUUUGUGAGCAGCAGCAGUAGAGUUGCAGGGUCGUCGCCGUCGUCGUCGUCGUGGUGUGUUGGAACACCAAAAAGGAAAACCGUACGCGCGCCUCCUCUCUACGCGUUUCUCACACACUCUCUCUCUCUCGCAUACCCAUCGAAUCGCUGUUUGUGUGUGCGGGCCCGUCGUCAUCAUCCAGUCGUCGUCGUCGUCGCAACUCAGGGGUACAAGACCGUCCGUCCGCGAAAUAGACCGAGAGCGAAGAGACGGGUCGACGGGGCGAAGAUUUUCAACGCCAGUCAGCCAGCAGCAACUUUGAAAUUGAAAUUGCCUUCGCGCAUUUCACAGCCAACAGCAGCAGAAAAAUCAAAAGCCAAAAUUGCCAUCGACAGCAGCAGCAGUGUGGUGUGAAGUGUGUGCUGAAAGCAGCGAAAUUUAUGCUGAAAAUCGACAACCAUUGAACAACGGAGGCCAUCCGAAACUGGGGCUGUAGCUUUUAUAGUUGGAGGUUGGAUGAUUUUUUCCUUCCUUCUUCGCACAAACUCACAGUCUGUGUGUGCGUGUGCGUGUGUGUGCGAAGCGUUUGUGUAAGUGGCCACCCCGAGAGUCGAAAGGGGGCAGCAGCACCAGAAGCAGCUGGAACCGGAGGAGACGGACGAGUUGAACCUACAACAACAACAGCAACAGAAGAAAAAAAAAGAGUUGGAAAAUACAGCAAAAAACCCUACAAAGAGCCACACAAUUUCUCCGCAGCCAAGGAAACAAACGCGAAAAAGCAACAAGGAAGGCAACCUGGCCAUCCCGGGUGCGUAAGCUCAGGUGAAGAAGCACACUGCUGGCCGCCAACAAAAUAACCUCGAGCAGUGAAAACAUCUCUGUCGCGCAGAACGCGGACGGAAUCGAGUACAUCCUGCAGGAGAUUGGCACCGGAGACGCGGUUGAAAGAAGCUUGAUCAAGUAGAACCCCCCCACCCACAGACCGCACAGACACACACGAUGGAACUGCGCGUUGGUAACAAGUACCGGCUCGGUCGCAAGAUCGGGUCCGGCUCGUUCGGUGACAUCUACCUGGGCACCAACAUCUCCACCGGCGAGGAGGUCGCCAUCAAGCUGGAAUGUAUCAAAACGAAGCACCCACAGCUCCACAUCGAAAGCAAGUUCUACCGGAUGUUGCAGGGCGCCGUCGGCAUUCCGACGAUCAAGUGGUGCGGCUCGGAAGGCGACUACAACGUGAUGGUGAUGGAACUGCUCGGUCCGUCGCUGGAAGAUUUGUUUAACUUUUGCUCAAGACGGUUCACACUGAAGACGGUGUUGCUGCUGGCAGACCAGAUGAUUUCCCGUAUCGAUUUCAUACACUCGAGAAGCUUUAUCCACCGUGACAUCAAACCGGACAACUUCUUGAUGGGGCUGGGGAAGAAGGGCAACCUGGUGUACAUAAUCGAUUUUGGCCUGGCCAAAAAGUACAAGGACUCGAAGACUAUGGCGCACAUUCCGUACCGGGAAAAUAAGAACCUCACCGGAACGGCCCGUUACGCCUCGAUCAACACACAUUUGGGCAUCGAGCAGAGCCGUCGUGACGACCUGGAAUCGCUGGGCUACGUGCUGAUGUACUUCAAUCUGGGAACGCUGCCCUGGCAAGGACUGAAAGCGGCCAACAAGCGCCAGAAGUACGAGCGCAUUUCCGAGAAGAAGCUGUCGACGCCGAUCGAGGAGUUGUGCAAAGGCUUCCCGCCAGAAUUCGCCUCGUACCUGUCGUACUGCCGCCAGCUGGACUUUACGCAGCGUCCGGACUACUGCUAUCUGCGGAAAGUGUUCCGAACGCUGUUUGCACGACAGGGUUACACCUACGAUUACGUGUUCGACUGGAACAUGCUGAAGUUUGGAGGUUCCUCGCGCCACAACAACGCAACCGAGCGGAACAAAACGGGUGCCGUCGUCCAGCCGGGAGAUCCGGGAGCGAUCGGCACCAGCAUGGUAGCGACGGCCGGGGGUGGAGUGGUCACGACCGUCACCGGAACGACGGCCUCGCUCGCGAAGAACGAUUCCUGCAAACAGCUCGCCACUAGGCUGGUCCAGAUGAUGGCGCAGUCGCGGCCACCGGGCGUCGACGGCCAGCAGGUUCCGGUGGGACCCGGAGGACAACCCGUGCAGCAGCAGCAGCAGCCGCCACACAACAACAACGCCGGCAGUGCAAACCCGGAACCGACCUUCUCGAGGCACGACACGCCCGAGCGGCGCUCGUCGAUCCGCUUGCGCGGCCAGAACCUAGACUCACGAAAUAUUGAAUAAUAUUAAAUUCUUUCCCUAAGUUUUUAUUAUUUGCAUAUAUAAUUUUAAUAUUAUAUACGUGAGAACUGUCGGUUAUGCAAGCGCAGGAAGAGAGUAAGGCAAGCUAAAGCGGACUGCGCGGAAAGGGCGAUCCUUGUUGGCAACAUUUUUUUUUAAUUUGUACUCUCAGCGCCAAAGGAUCGCCGCAGAAUAUAUAUAUAUACAUAGACUAGUUAGUGCGAAAAUUUACAGACAUAAAUACACGCAGUAAAGCCGGGAUUAUUGGAAAGAUGGUAAGAGAGCUCUCAAACUCCCACAAAAACACACACACAUACAUACAUACACGCAUUAUUAUUUGUUUAAGGGCCAUCAGAAUGUGUAAAUGCAAAAGUUGGCCUCGAAGAGCGCAGACAGAUGAGGAAAACACAAUUUAUAAGAAAGUAUAGAUAUAAUGGAAUUAUUGCUUAAUUCAAAAAUUAAUUAUACAUAAAUGUAGCACUUCAACCUGAAAAAAAAUGAAACAAAAUACACAUUAGAAAAGAACCCGAAAUGAAGAUGAGCACAUCCUCACUUAUACAAAACAAAGAACCUAACAAACACACACACACACACACAUAAACAAUGCGACCGUAUUGUUCAUCUAUAUUCACAUCCAAUUUGCGUGACGGUACAGUAGAGAACGUAACCUUUAAGCGUAGUUAAGCGAGUAAACAAAAACUAACGAUUUAAUCUUAGGCUAAAACACAAAAACAAAACUGUACUUUGAUCGGCCACAAAAUGAAGAUGUGAAGAUCCGGAUAUCCUAUACCAAUUUGUACUAGAACUUCAAUAGAACACUACUGCCCCCUGUACCAGCCAGUCAGCGAAUGAAUAAUGCAAAACAGUCUUAAAAUCUGCAUGUUACUGACUGAUGAAAGUGUGUACGUUUCCGUUGAAGAUCAUCCAAAUAGUCCAACACAGAUUAGCUUUCUUAGUUUACGGGCUAGCGCAUCAUCGUAGACGUCAAUUGGAAAAAAUAAAACAAACUUUCGCACUUUAGUUGCAUUACAAAUCUGUAACCUUUGGUGUAUUCAUCUAAAGAUUGGUGUGACGACAAGACCACCCACUUUGGUUACAGAGCAUUCUUCUUUCCGAUAUAGUAACCGUUUUUUCCCUAAUCCAUGACCCCUGUACUAUGCGUAGUUUGUUAGUUUUCAAAUCGAAUAACAUCCUACAUCUUAAAAUUUGCGAAAUACUGAAGCUCGAGAUAUUGUGUUUGAUACUGUGUAGUCGGGAGAUGUGCAUGGCUUGUAGAAACAGCGCGUGUGAGCGUGAGCGAGAUUUGGAUGAGUGCGCACUGUAGAAUGAAUAAGAAUGAGCGCUGGUGUGAUUCUGUGAAAGAUUAUCCAACUGAGCAAACACUGUAGAAAUCGAUACCAAUAUGGCGACAGAAACAAGAAAAGAAAAAAAAAACACUUGCAUUCUACUUUAGAAACAAGAGAAAGAUACAACUACUAAUAUGGUAAAGAAACAAUGAUUUAGUAUAUAUACAACUAAGAGUAAAAAAAAGAAAACAAAAAAUACCAAUCGUGAUAGUAGAGAAGUAAAAUACCAGAAAGAAAACAAAGCAAAACAUGCUGACAUCAUUAAAAACAAUGAAGUAAAGAAAUUACAAUGAGCGAUAAGUGCGUACUACUGAGAAGAAAGCCCCUUUGACUGGUAACGUGAGACGUAACAAAUGAAGAAAACAUUACUCAACACCCUUUAUACGUUUCGGGGACGACGCGAGAGGUGAACAUUUUUUGCUGCAGAAUUCUGUAUGUUUGGGAUCGAUAAAUUCAUGCUGUCAUUUAACUUAAUUAUUAACAAAACAAACAAAAAAUUAGAACUUUCAUCCAAUUUUCGAAGUUAGAAUAAAAAGGCCACCCGGAAAGUGGGAGAAAAAAGUAAGAGUAAACAAAAAAAUCAAUGCUUCUGCGUCUAACUUAUAGCAGUGUUUAUCGAUAAACAAAACCUAUGAAUAUAGUACAUUAUAUAUUAAAAAAAACAAUGAUAUAAACUCUAGAACAAAAAGAACACACUAAAAAUCUUGUUUCACUGUGAGAAGAA